AUCCACACAGCUCUCAUGUCAGGUGGACAUGGGUUGGGUGGAGCCUUGUUACCUGUGCAGAUCAACACACGGGGAAAGAGUGCACCUGUUCCCGCUCCCAGGGCUGCCUUUUUUCGUGGACGAGCUAGAGGGGAAGCUCGCCAUGGAUGCCAAGGAGGCCGGCGGGGCUGACAAGAACAAAGAGAAGGUGAUCAAGCGCAGGAACCGACCUGUGUUCUUGCGCUACCUGGAGAGGAGGAAGACUGACAGCAUCGUGGCCAGUGACACCUGCAACGGUGACAUCAACCUAGGGACGCUGGUGAGGCGCAGUCAGUCUGACAAGACAGAGUACAGCGCCAAACUUAAAGAAAAAAUGGCACCACACGACUUAUCCACCCCUACCUCACCAGCGCUGGAUCCAGAAGAGGUCCGUUUGAGGAAGAUGAACCGCAGAGCAAAAGUCAUCCAAGAGCUGAUGCAGACUGAAAAAGACUACCUCACUGAACUGGAGUUGUGCAUCCGGGAGGUAGUGCUGCCUCUGAGAAACGUACAGGUUGUCGAUGUGGAUCGUAUGUUCACCAACAUGGAGACGGUGUGCGAGGUAUCAGCCGCACUCCUAAACAGACUUCAGGAAGCCAUGUCUGACCCAGAUCCAGAGGCUGUCGUUAUAGGAGAAGUAUUCAUCCAGGCAAAGGCAGCUUUAGAGGAUGUGUAUAAGAUUUACUGUUACCAUCACGACGACGCCAACAUGUCGCUGGAAUCCUACGAAAAAGAGGAAGGAAUAAAGCAACAUUUCACCAUGUGUGUAUUAGCAAUGAAGAAACUCUACGACCAAGCAGGGAAGCCCAACCUGCUGGACAUGGGCUCGCUCCUCAUAAAGCCAGUCCAGAGAAUCAUGAAGUACCCUCUGCUGCUGGGCGAGCUGUGGCAGGCCACGCCCGAAGACCACCCCGAUUUCCAGCCUCUGCAGGAAGCCUUCACCGCCGCAAAGAUCAUAAACAUCAACAUCAAUGAGUUUAAGAGACGUAAGGACAUAGUGAUGAAGUACAAGAAUUCAGAGGACGAAGGAACUCUGCGUAAACUUCAUAAGUUCAACAUCCACUCCAUUAGGAAGAAAGGUGACAGGUUCGCAGGUUAUCUCAAGAUCCUCACAGGAGUUGAACCACAGGUGAGAGAUGAAGUGUUCGACAGAGAGGAAAAGCUGUUCAGGACCCUGGAGAAAGCGAUUAGGCAGCUGGUCAAGAAUGUCCAUAGUCACCUGCAAUACACUCGGGAGAUGGUGUCUGUCGCUGUUAACAAUAUUCACGAAAUGGAGAGCAUAAUUAAGGAGCCAAAUGGCUCAUCGCACACUAAAAGCGAUGACCCUUAUGAGCACUAUAAAGAUAACAUGGAGCAACUGGUCCUGGCCCCACUCUCAUCUCUUCAGGGCAUGUUCACUGCACCCCAGAAGCUCAUCCAGAAACGUUAUGACAAACUGCUGGAUUACUGCAGCCGCCUGGAGCGCUCGUCUUUUUCUUCCUCGUCCUCGCCAUCCACCUCUUCCUCCACCCCGUGCCUGGUAUCCCUAGACCCGCCCGGUCCUGCCAGGAGGGACUACGAGGCACUCAACGCUUUGCUCGUGGAGGAGUUGCAGCAGUUCAACAUAGCGGCCUAUGCCAUCCUCACCAAUUGUGCGGUGGAUGUCGUGGCCUUGCUCAGAGGCCUGAUGGAGGAAAUAUUGCUUAGUGCUCCCUCCAUACAGCAGCUACCAGCUCCAUUGUCUAACAUCGCCGAGGUGCAAAACAGCAUCAUGGAUGAGCUGAACAAUCUGGCGUUUGUCAAAGAGAAUGCACAGAAACUAAUGGAGCGGAAAGUCAGCUUCGAAAGGCAACGAGACAAGAAAAUAGCGGCGCCGGAGGUGGAGCAUCAGACGGAGGAGCAACGCGCCCGACUGCUGGCCGAAUAUCCCCAGAGUCGUCUGUACCAGUUGAAGAGGAAGUGCAAUGGCUGCCAGGAGCAGGACCUCAGCCUGCUGGAGGGGGAGCUGGUGGUCCUGCUGGAGGACACCGACCCGCUGGGCAGCAGCAGCCGCUGGCUGGUUCACACCGGAGGUGUGCAGGGAUACGUGUAUUCCACGUUCUUGAAGCAAUACAACCCUCUGAGGGACUCGCAGCGGGGAGGCCAGUCAGCCAAACAGCAGCAACAACAACAGCAGCAGCAGCAGCAACAGCAGCAGCCGGCCGCCAUGGCCGACGAGGACUUUGACAACCUGAGCCUUUUCGUGUCAGGCAGUGGCAGCAGCACCCUGCGGAGCUUCAGUCUCAACACCACCGACAGCUGCUCCAUCCUUUCGGGCCUUCAGGGCGAACUAGACACACCGGACGACUUGGAGGCUUCGUUUGACACAGACGCUCAGCAGUACUAUGCCGUAUAUGCAUUUCAAGCCCGUUGUGACCAGGAGCUGACCUUGCAGGAGUACCAGCAUGUACGCAUCUUGCAGUUCAAUGACUUGGGCGGUAAUAAGGAAUGGUGGCUAGCGGAGGCUGAUGGCCAGAGGGGAUAUGUCCCAGCCAACUACCUUGGCAGGAUGUCCUAUGCAUAAUUUUAUUAUUAUUAUUUUUUUUUUUAAAUCCCGACAUCAAACGAACCUGCGGUGUUUCAAACUAUACUUGUUUCAACUGAAUGUCAAAUUUGUGCUUUGUGAAAACAAAACUGUGGAUCUUGUCAUAUUGACAGCAUGACCAAAUGAAGAACAUGCGAUGAAUUUUUUAUCAUUCAAGCUGCUGUAUUGAGCACUUUUACUGUUUGUACGACAGUGUCGCCUUUAGAAGUCAUAUUUGUGAAGUCUAAUUUUAUAUGAACGGAUUUUGGGAUGUGUAUUGCUUGCAUGUGAAAUUAUCUAUCAAAGAAGUUUAAUGUGAAGAAAAUACUCUAUGCGUCAUUAUUUUUCAUUACAUCAUUAUUAAACAUCCUCUAUGAAAAUGA